AUGGCGGCUUCAACUUCUGCCCAAAUUUUGCCUUAUUUGAAUAACAAGUGUUAUUUACAUAUUGUUGAUGAUGCAAAGUGCGAUAUUAAACCGCUAACAAGUAAGAGGUUAGAGACAUUAGUAAAACGAAUCGAAGAUUGGAAAGGUUUAUACGGAAAACAACUUGACAUUGCUCUCAUUUUGGAAAGAAAAGGAUUGACCGAUUUCGUUGAUAUAAAUAGUGGCCUGAUUCGGUUGGAAGAUGCCAAACAACGUUAUCCAGAUUUUGGAUUCCACGAAGAGUGCUAUCAAAAAUUUACUAAUAUUUCUAUUAUAAACAAGGUAAGUUUGUCAAUUUAAUUUUACAGCAUAUUGUAAUUUGUAAUAUUAUACUUUUUUUUUGGAAUGGGAGUAUUAUUUGCAUUAGUUAAUUAUAUUAAAUUUGUUUAAAUGUAUUUCUUAUAGAGUAUUAAAAAGCUAUGCUAAAAUGUUAUGCAAUACCGUAAUAGCCUUUUUUUUGUAGUAGUAUUUUGUAGUUAUAUAUAUGUGCCAUUGUGUUAGAUAGUAGAUUAUUUAUUUCUAUAUGCAGGCAAGGAGAACUGUAGAGAGAAAAAGGAAAAUGGAAGAAGAACCAGCUGUACCACCAUCAAAACCCAAAAUGCCAUUUCUCCGAAGCAAGGUCCCAAAGAUGUCUCAACAACCACAUACAAUUCUACCCAAGUUGUGUAUUAUUUGCAAAAAGCUAACUAGAAGGACUAAGAUUAAGGGAAAGUGGGUGCAUGAAUCAUUGUCUAAAGCAGAAACAUCAGAUGCAGGUAAGAUUGAGAUAAAAAGUCCAAAGUAGAGGGGAUGUUCAGUAUGUGUGUAUUCUUAUCACGUUGGUUAUUUUCUGCUUAAAAUAUAAUGAUUUAUAGUCAACUUAUCAAGUGUAGUCUAUCAAAGGCACACAAAUGCACACAUUUUUCCACUUUUUAGGCACACAUUUUCAAAGGCACACAUUUCCCCACUAUUUAGGCACACAUUUUCAAAGGCACACAUUUUCAAAGGCACACAUUUUCAAAGGCACACAUUUUCCCACUUUUUAGGCCAGCUUCGUAGUGCUGCUGAAAAGAUAGAUGACGAAACUAUCUUGAAGGACAUUAGAGGAAAAGACUGUUCAUGUAUUGAGGUCCAGUACCACAAGAGCUGCUACAAUGAUUAUGUCCGUGUUUUAAAAGGAAAUGACUCUGUUGGUGAAAA